AUGACUCGGAGAGCUUAUCUCAGGUCCUCUGUGAUGGUAAGAGCUCCCCAGUUAGUCUCUCCAUCUGAAGAAGAAGCCGUUCUACAGCCCCAGGAAAUGUGCUCCAGCUUCCCUGGUGUUUGGCAAUAUGCCACCAGCUGUUUCCAAUGGUAACACCUUUCAAGAACUGGAGAGUGGAGCUAGAGUAGAGCCUGGUCUGGUUCAGGGAAGACUGUAUUGUUAUGUUGUGUUGGGCUAUAUGUAAUCCUGCUGUGCCUUUAUAAUGUUCUUCCAUCCCUCUCUCCUUUCCUUCUUCCAUCCCUCCCUCCUUUCCUUCUUCCAUCCCUCCCUCCUUUCCUUCUUCCAUCCCUCUCUCCUUUCCUUCUUCCAUCCCUCCCUCCUUUCCUUCUUCCAUCCCUCCCUCCUUUCCUUCUUCCAUCCCUCCCUCCAUUUCCUCCAGGGUUCUUUCCGUGGCCUGUCCUCCUCUCCAGCCAGACCUGCCAAGGCAGCCCCUAAGGGUGGGGAGAACGCUGUUGUGCGCCUCUUCAGAACAAUCGUGAGUCACCCUAUUUGCAUAGUUUGCCUACUACUGUUGAUGUUUGACUUGUUGAUAUGAGGGCGGCAGGAAGCCUACCAGUUAAGAACAGGAAGCCUAGCGUUUAAGAGCAGGAAGCCUAGCGGUUAAGAGCAGGUAGCCUAGCGGUUAAGAGCAGGUAGCCUAGCGGUUAAGAGCAGGUAGCCUAGCAGUAGAAAGAGCUUUAGGCCAGUAACCGAAAGGUCACUGGUUUGAAUCCCUGAGCCAACUAGGUGAAAAAUCUUGAGCAAGGCACUUAGCCCUAAUUGCUCCUGUAAAUCACUCUGGAUAAGAGUGUAUGUUAAAUGACUAAAAUGUAAUGAGAAAUACCCUGAUCUAUUGUAUUUCUAAAGGUCUGUGUCACUCUCUCCCCUCAGGUGUCCCCUGCCCCUCCUAAGUCUAGGGUGAGCAUUUUAUCUUACUCUUUGCCAAUAUUGUCCAAUAGAGGAGUUGAAGAUUGUUUUAGCCUUUGGAUGUGAUUGUGUAUUUAGCUUUGUUAACAUGUGACGUCACUGAAUGUCGUGCACAGUAUGUCACUGAAUCUGUGCUCUCUCUGAUGAUGCGAGCGUCUGCCUUACUCUGCUCUUCCCUGGAUGUGGACUCUCUUCUUGCUGCACUGCCUUUUCUCUGAGUAAGACUUGUGUUUAACUUUCCUCUCCUCGCCCCUGUGUCUCACUCCUGUCUAUUCCCUAUCUCUGUCUCUUACAUGUCCUUGUCCAGUGGACGGCAAUGACUGCGAAACUAGGCCUGGUACGUGGUUAAAUGCUACAGCUAAAGAAAACGAAGAGAAAAAUCAGAGGCCGUUCCUUAAACAAUAUAUUCUGUAGCCAUUUUAAGGCUUGAGAGCUUGUUGUAAUCCAUGCAUACAGUACAUGCAUAACGCCCUCAUUAGUUUUUCUCUUUUAUUAAAUCACGUUUUGAGUGGUUUUGUUUGGCAAGCUCUCCGCCUCUGGCUCAAUUGAAUAUCCAGUUCUUUAUUUGCUGAAGUCGUUUUUCCCUUUCGAUAUGAUAACCAGCAGCUUAAUCCUGCUUUUUCUUAUUCGCCCUGCUGAAUUUGAAGUCUCGUCCUCUUCUCUUGGCCCCUGUGUGUGUGUGUGUACGAGCGUGCAUGCCCGCGUGUGUGUGUGUGUGUGUGUGUACAUGCGUUUGUGUCUUUGUGUGUGUCUCUGUAUGUCUCUGUGUGUAUGUUUGUCAGUGGAGGCUGCUGAGUGGAGGACGGCUCAUAGCAAUGCCUGGAAUGGAUUCAAUGGAAUGCUAUCAACCACAUGGAAACCACACGUUUGAUACCAUUCCAUUGACUCCAUUCCAGUGUGUGUGUGUGUUGUGGGUGUUAUGAGUCACACAUAACAGCUAACACUAUAAAAAAAGGGAUGAGACCUUUAAAGCUCUUCUCUGAGGUAAGGGAUCUUUAAAUAACACUUUGAAGUGUUCCUCCCCACCAUUUAAUUAAUCCUUGUGUAUGUUUAUUGGAGUUUUACUUGAACAGUUCAGUCUAAUCCCCCUGUGAGAGUCAGAGUAGCUAAAGCUUAGCUGUUACUGAGAUUGAAUUUAGAAAGUGCUUAAGUGAAGCACUUCCACUUUGACUCAGAUUGAUUUGCUCCACUGCUUCAAUGCCACCACAAAUUAGCCACUUUUUGAUCCAGGCUGGUUGUGUUGUAGCCAUCUCUUCUAUAACCUCGUCACCUGCUGGCUCUCAGUUGAACCUGGGGACAAGGCUAUCGCUUCUAUUGUUUUAAUGCAACAGGAUAUUAUCAGAAAACAUUGUUUUGUACUAAAGAACCAUGCAAUACCCACGUAAGAUAUGUACAUAUGAUGCCGCUUUUUAGCCAUUAGUAAAUCAUUUCGAUGAACAAACACAGAGAUGAGUUGGCAAAAGCACACACUGACUGGGCCACCAUGCUAACUGACAACAACAAUAAUAAUAUGUCUCCCAGUGUCUUACCUCAUCCCUGCUCUCUUCCAGGGGUCUCAGAAGUCAACAGGAUCCGCUAAGGCGAAGAAGGCCGGUGCAGGAGACAGUGGAACCCUGUCCAAGAUCUUCAAAAUG